AUGAACACAUGUAGUAACGGACUUCCUACAGAUGAUAUUAAAAAUACAUGUACUCGCGACAAUCCAAUAGAAGGUCAUGAACCAUUCAAACGAAUAGAUUUUACAAUAUUUUUACCUUUGCUAAAAGAUAUUCAAAAAUAUGCGGAUAAAGUUGAAGAAUGCUACGCACAUGCUGAACAUAAUAGAAGGGUUUGCGGCGUGUUACUUAAACGGGUUAAUAUCGCUGCAUUCGAAGUGAAAACUUUAGGUCAAUUGAAAAAUGAUUAUAGUUGGUUCUUUGAAAAUAAUAAUAACUAUUCAAUUUUUCAAAGAUUCGUUAAAGUUGUUGAGAGAAUACAAAACUUUAUCAUAGAUAUUUCGCAGUUGCAAGGUGUUAGUAAAUAUUUCAACAAACAUCGGAGCCCCGACUUUUCGAUGAAUAAAAAAUUUUAUAAUCUUAUUGGAGAAUUCGAGAAGUCCACAGAAGCACUUACCCAUGCGUCAAAAGGUUGCCUCUAUUUUGGGAGACCGAAAGCGGAUCAGAACAAAGAGGACAAAGAAGCUAUCACGGAGGAUACUAAAGAUAUGGAAGAAGUAAUAUAA